AUGAUGGGAACUCUUUACAUUACUGCAAUAUUAUUGUCUAUCGUCUCGUCAGUUACAUCGCAAGACUCCUCCAGCACUAACACGCCGCAACCAAGAAUCUAUCGAGGAUCGGGCGACUAUAAAUACUAUGGCUGCUACAACGAGACGACGCAGAUUCAAGACUCCGCCGAAGAUCGCGCUCUUGCCGAUGGCACCCACCUCGUCAAAGCCGGAAAGAUGACAGUACCCGUGUGCCUCGAAUUUUGUACUUCAAACGGAACACAAUACAAAUAUGCCGGUCUGGAGUGGUCACGGGAAUGCUGGUGUUCUCCAUACUUGUCAAGUCUUUCAGCAAAACUCAGCGAUGAUGAUUGCGAGAACCCAUGCGAGGGCAACUCAUCUCAAGUUUGUGGAGGACCACUCAGGCUGAGUGUCUAUCAACUCUCCGAGGGAGAUGCCUCAAAUCGAGGAGUUAUGCUUUCGGUACCAGGAGCCAUAUUUGGUCUCUCCAUCAUGGCAUUAUCCAUGUUGCCAUUGUGA